AUGACGACCUUUUCAGGACCUCACUCAGUUCCGCACUGCCAGGUGCAGAUGGACGGGAUGAAUCACGAUAUGGGAUAUGACAUCAACCCGACGCCCAGCGAGAGAAGUCCCUUGGGUAAUCUGAGCUUCUUCAAGAAUCUCAAUCCCGACAAGAAGCAGACCAAGGAUGGGCAACCUGCUAAACGCCGUGGUCCGAAGCCUGAUAGCAAACCAGCUUUGACGAGGCGCCAGGAGCUCAAUCGCCAAGCACAAAGGACCCACCGUGAGCGAAAGGAGAUGUACAUCAAAGCCCUGGAGCAGGAAGUUCUUCGAUUGAAAGAGGUCUUCGCUCAAACGAACCGCGAGAGAGAUGCCGUUGUUGAUGAGAACCGGCGGCUGAAAGAACUCCUCUCUCAGCAUGGCAUAUCUUACGACUUUGGAUCCUCGCCCAUCAAGUUCCAACGCGAGAACAGCUCCUACGGCCCAAGCUCCAGCGGUAGCAUCUCCGGUAGUUACCGUGGUGCUUCAGACAGUACUGGGUUCUCCCCACCACCGCCAAGCGCUCCACACAACCAAAUGGGCCCACCGCAGGGCAUGCAACCAGCGAAUCGGAUGCGCAACAUGGCUCAAUUGCCAUCCAGCAGGCUCGACUACGACCAAGUCGGAAUUGAGUUUGUUUUGACACUCGAGCGACCCUGCAUGGAUCACAUGCAGUAUCUCAUGGUACGAUCCCACAACCCAGAAGGCCAGCCAACGCACCAUCCCAUGGAGAACCCCGAUGAUAGCGAGCACCUGCAUGCGUCCGGGCACGCUCUCAUGGCCACGGGCACACCCUUCUCUCAUGUGAUGCAGAAACCUGCAGAACCAUAMCCGCACCAAAUGCCUGCAGAUCUCGACCCGAGCGCGCUCGCGAAGCUGCUUGACUUGAGCGCACGUUUGCCGGCGAACGUGUACGACCGUGAAGGCGAGAUUACUCCUAUUAUGGCGUGGUCGAUGAUCCUACGCCACCCCAGGGUUGCGGAACUUGAUGUCCAAGAUGUCGAGCGUAUCAAGCAGAGCCUGUCGACCAAGGUCCGAUGUUACGGCUUUGGUGCCRUGGUUGAGGAAUUUGAGGUCCAGGACGCGCUCCUCUCGGUUUUUGCGGAAAAGGACAAUAUCUCCACGAUGAAUCAUGCUGUCGAGGCACACUCAAUUGCAGUAUACUGA